AAUUCGAUGAACAAACUGCAGGAACCGGGACGAGCAGAGUCGGAUUUCGGUUGAUUCGAUGUUAAGACCGUGGUAAGAAACAUUUACAUCCUCUUCCGCAGAAGUGAGCUACAAGUAGCCGGCGACGACGAGGAGAUAAUGGACUUGGUUGAUCCAUUGACCCCGUUGCCACCGUGGUUCACCAACGACGAUCUCGAUGCCUAUGCGACGUUGUACCGUAAUUCCGGUUUCAGAACCGCAUUGCAGGUUCCCUACAGGCGCUCUCGAAUGGAUUAUGGCGUGACGGAUCCGAAAGUUAUGGCUCCGUCGUUGCUGAUAAUGGGGGAGGACUAUUUUAUGAAAUUUCCAGGGAUUGAGGAAUACAUUAGGAAAGGUACAGUGAAGCAGUUUAUGCCUAAUCUGGACAUAACUUGUAUGCCAGAAGGGAAUCACUUUGUUCAAGAGCAGUUCCCAGAGCAGGUGAAUGAGCAUAUCAUCUCCUUCCUCAACAAAAAUUGCACUACUUAG